GAUUGGGCCAAUUUCAAUACUAUAACAUAAAGAACAAUAUAGUACAAUGUUCUUUCUUUAUGUUUAUUUUCUGUCUAACCCUUCCUUCUCUUGCGUCCCUUUCCAAUGCACUUUAAUAUUUAUAACUUUACCAUUUUCUCUCUAACCAUAUAAACAUCCAUUUUCGGGUAUAAAUAACCUCAUCCACACACACAUCUCUCUCUCUAUAUAUAACCCUAAGUGUGUGGAGACAGGAUAACUAGAGAACGCAAACACAUACACACAAAGCAUCAAUAUUUGUCUGAGCGGAGAAUGAGUCCUGUGGCUUCAACGAGGUGGUGUCCGACGCCGGAGCAACUGAUGAUCUUGGAAGAGAUGUACCGGAGUGGUAUACGGACUCCGAAUGCGGUGCAGAUACAACAGAUCACAGCUCACUUGGCGUUCUAUGGUCGCAUCGAGGGCAAAAACGUCUUUUAUUGGUUCCAGAACCAUAAGGCGAGAGAUAGACAGAAGCUGAGGAAAAAAUUAGCCAAGCAACUUCACCAACAGCAACAUCAACUUCAACUCCAACUACAACAAAUCAAACCAAAACCAAUGUCAUCGAUGAUGUCUCAACCAGUUAAUAAUACUAUCAUUGAUCAUCAUAAUCCUUACCAUCAUCACCAUCAUAAUCUUCAUCAUAAUCAUCAUCGUCCUUAUGAUCAUAUGUCCUUCGCUUGCUGCUCUCACCCUUCUUCCAUGUGUCUUCCUCAUCAGGGAAUUGGCGGAGAAACUCAAAGCAAAGUGAUGAAUGAAUAUUAUUGCACCAAUAGUGGAGCUGAAGAGAUAUUGAUGCAAAAAUCAAUCACGGGUCCAAACUCAACGUACGGUCGAGAUUGGAUGAUGAUGAUGGAUAUGGGCCCACGACCAUCAUAUCCCUCAUCAUCAUCACCCAUUCCAUGUUGUAACAUGAUGAUGAGCAGUCCAAAGAUACCAUUGAAAACCCUUGAACUUUUCCCAAUCUCAUCCAUCAACUCCAAACAAGACAGUACUAAACUUUAAAGAAAAGACAACAAAUACAAAAGAGAUUCUGCAGGUGUUUCAUUCAUGUAUCACUGUAUGAUGUGUCAAAGGCUAAGACGAAAACACGUGUACUUGAGGGUAAAGUAACAGCCGUUGGAUAUAAUUCGUUGAAUAACUACAAAACCCUCUCUCCCUCUUCUUUCAUAUGUCUCUAUCUACGCAGUAGAAUUGAUGGGUAUCUUUCUUUUAAUUAAUUCUGUUAAAAGUUCUUUUCUUUUAUAAGAUCUUUGAUGGGGUUUGGGAGUUAUUAUGAGUUGUUAAAAUGGGUGUCUUGGUUUCUGUAAUUGCAUGCAUGCAUGCAUGUGUAGGCUAUUGUCUUUAGGACUAGACAGUGAGAAAGAUCUCCUUUGUCUAAUGUGUAACUUUACUCUUUAUUUUCAUGUGGUCACCUUUCAUUUUGAUAUGUACUAUGAUUCUUUCCUU